GAGAGAGUGGAAGCAGUGUAUGUCUUGUUUAGAGCAAGAUGAAAUAACUGAUUGAAGCUGCAGCAUGCUGCAGCUGCAUCUACUGAUAUUCACUGUUAACAUGGCACUGGAGCCCGGCUCGGGUUCCUGUAAGUGGGUUCAUCCAAAACAGACUACAGCGGACAUGACCAUGAUUGACCACGCUGUUUUGCCUUCGCAAGGCAUGACAUUUGCUGCUGCAUGCUGCCAUUUUUCAGCGGCCCGAAGCCCAGGCCUGCCUCCUGUGAAUGCACCCACUAAGCGGGCUCCCACUUGGGCUGGCAUGCCGACCCUUUGGACACCCCGUGUCCAAAGCUGAGAGGGGCUGCAAGAGAUCUUCGCAGCAUGUUUCUUCUGCUGAAUCAGUAUCAGAGGCUUCAGGUCAGGCCAAUUCGACUCCGUCUUACCAGCGACUUUGGAGCAAUCGCGGUCGACAUCGACUUCCCAUCGCACCAGAAUCGAGAGGUUUGGGAAGAUGUAGUUGUACAGAGUCUUGUGAUUCCGGAAGUUGUUUGAAUGCGUUGAUGUUGAUGGAAUGUGGACCCAGUAACUGUGGCUUUCCUAACUGUGGAAACCGCCCCUUUGCGGAUUCCGAAGCUAGUCGCCUGGAUGACCUCACUGAAGUUUUUUGGACGGGGCAGCGCAAGGGCUUCGGCCUGCGUGCCGCCACAGGGCUGAGGAAAAAUCAAUUGGUGGCCGAAUAUUUGGGCGAGAUUGUGUCGCAAUCUUCAAUCCACAACUGGCGAUAUAUCAUGUCAUUACCGCAGGGAUUUGCCAUUGAUGCUUCAGUGGCAGGGGGACCGGCUCGCUUUAUCAACCACUCAUGCGAGCCCAACUGUAAUGCACAGCGCUGGUUGGUGGAAGGACGGUGGCAUGUGGGGAUUUUUGCCAGCCGGGACAUCCUCCCACGGGAGGAGCUCACUUUCAGUUACUCCAACGGUCGAGGCUCCCGGGGCAGCGGAUUUGGAUCUUCGGAUCCUUGUCAUUGUGGCGCGCAUAGAUGUUCUGGUCGCAUUGCAGAGCCCCCAAAGAAGUACGGGAGAGCCAAGAAAAUGAAAGCAGUGAAAGACAAAUCAAAGAAGGAUAAGAAGGUUAGUGUGUUCAGAAGGCCCAAAAGUGGCGGUUUCAGAGCCUCAAAGUCCUCAAAUAACUCCGGCCGGUUCCAAAAAGCAGAUCCAGCCAGUGAGAAUUUGAAGAACCCACCGGACCAAAGUCCUUCCAGCAUCAUCGUUGAGGCUGAUUUGCCUUCUGCAGAUCGGACAGGUGUGGUGGAAGUGGAAGAUGAUCUCAUUGAGCUUUCAGAUGACCAUGAUCUUCACCAUGAUGCCUUGGAUGAGGAGGAAACCCUUCAAGACCUCCUAGCUGCCAAGGCUGAGAGUCACAGCGAACCCAAGCAGGUGAAGAUGGGGAGCCAGGUGACAGCUGGGAUGCUGAAGGCAACUUGGCAGUGUUUUCCAAAAGAUCAUGAAGAAAAUGAAGAAAUCACAGCAGAUACAGCAGUGAGUUUGGGACUCUACCUCCCAUCCGCCUUACAUCGAGCUCGGGAAUUCCUUUGCAAGCGCUGAGCUGCCUCAGCUGCCUCAGCUGCCUAGCUUGACGCGAUUUCAUCGACGAGAUGAAAAAACA